AUGGCAGAGGCACAACAGGAACAGCCACAGGCUCAUCAACCUCAGCCUGAACCCGUCUCUGCCGCCGCUGAAGAAGUAGCCCAUGCCCUCCCACAUCAAUCGCGGGCCAAGUCUCCAUCGUCACAAGCUACGCAAGAGCAGGAAAAUAUCCAAGGGGCGCAGGGGCAGGUACAGGUACGGGUAGAGGCACAAUCGCAGACACAAUCGCAGACGCAGACGCAGACACAGGCAGAGCCGGAUGCUCAGGAUUUCGAUUUCGACGCACACGCACGCGCACGCGCACCAACUUCAAACGUAGAUUCCGCAAAUAAUGCAACGACGACAGUAGCCGCCGCCCACGCGCAGGAGCAGGAGUGGGCACAAGAAAAGGAUCGGGAAAAGGAACAAGACCGGGAGCAGGGUUACCAGCUUCUCUCGGACCACUCUACCACCGACGGCUUUAGGCCAACCUCGACACCAACCUCGACAUCUACGCCGGCGACAGCCUCACCCGCUGCCGAUCCCGUCGCGACUACGCUCGCUACUGAUCAGGCUACUCUAUCUUCGGCGACCGUCGCCACCAACGGCGCUCUGCCCGACCAGCAAGAGCAGAAGCAGCACCAGCACCAACAGCAGCAAGAAGCUGUUGCGCCGUCUCCGGAAGUCAUGUCGAACAACCCACCUCACCAUCCUCAGGGCCCACCUCGACAGCCCGCUAGCUACCCGAAUCCUACGGCAUAUCCGGCGUCCGCAAUGGCGACUACACACUAUGGAUAUGCAAACCCGGCGGGUCAAGGAGCGGACGCGUACCGGGCGAGCGUAGGCGUUCCCAGCAACGCCAUGGCAUUGCCGAGCAUGCGCACCUUCGACCCGGCUCAGCAGCAGGCUCAGCAGCAGCAGCACAUGGCGAUGGCGAUGCCUGUGAAUCCCGUCCCGUCGGUCCCCUCGAUGCCGGCUCAGCAGCACAUGUCCUACUUCGCACAACAACCCGUACCUAUGACUGCGAAUAACCCGUACGCCCUACCCUCCGACGCGCUAAGACCGCAAUAUGCUCUACCUCCAAGCGGACCAGGUAGCGUGCUAGGCGGUCGACACAAGAAGGAAAUAAAACGCCGAACGAAAACAGGCUGCCUGACGUGUCGAAAAAGACGUAUAAAGUGCGACGAGCAACAUCCCAUCUGCAAGAAUUGUCAGAAAUCCAAACGCGAAUGCCUGGGCUACGAUCCCAUCUUUAAGAAUCAACAACAGCAGCAUCACACCAAUAUUCGACCAGCUCCCAAUAAUUCGUCGGCUUCCUCUUCUGCCGCACCGUCAAGUCGACCUCCCGCCUCCUCCACGCCCGCGUCUGGCAGCGCGCAAACCCAAACCUCUUAUACUGCCACUCUUCCCCCGGUAAUAUCUAAUACCACUCCUACUACCGCACCAUUCGCCGGAAACCUGACAGCCGCGGGAACAGCUGCGUCAUCGGUCAAGGGCGAGCCCGCUCUCGAAUACCCGGUCGCUAUCGAUCCUACUUUAGACACCGUAUUGUCCACCACGAGUACGUCGCCUUCUCAUUUCCAAGCCAUCACACCCAUUACCCCAAUUUCUCCUCACAAUCCGUUCGGCACAUCCCGUCUCAGAGGUGGCCCUCCGAAGAUGAAAGUUCACGAACUCGUGGGCAUGACCGGCACCGUGCCCCCGACCCUCGACUCGCCCCUCACCGCCGACAAGCUGGCCGACGUGAGGGAUCUAUACGAUCAGGUCUACGCCCCCGGCCUGGAGAAGUUUUUCGAGACGGAAUGGUAUACUAAGCCUCAAGGUAUCGGCGCGCUGAUGUCCAGCACGGCCGUCAACGAGAUGCUGGCCGGAUUUUUGCAAUCCAUGGCCAAGACGGAUGCUAACGACGUGGCCGGCAUGCAAUAUUCGGCAAACCUCGAAUUCAGAGUGGUCUGGGAUUUGACCACGUUGGUAUACACGUCCGAGUACAAGAUUAACGUCGGGGAACAUUUGCCACCCCCCGACGACGGGUCCGAAGCGCGAAAUCGAGUAGCAGUCUUCGAGGCCCUGUUAUCAGGCGAUCACCUCGACCAGAAUCCUCUUCAUCCGCCCCCCGCGAACGCCGAUAUACGACUUCACCGGAUUAGGGAGUUUAAGUUUUGGUAUUUCCUCGCCGAAUUCCUCCGCGUGAGAGAUCAGCCGGGCGUGGACACUAUGCGCCAGCGCGACUAUAUCCUCGGGCAAUUACGCGAGCUGUUAGACGGGCGCGAAAACCGAGACGUCCUCUACUCUCUCGCCGUCAUCCGGGCGCUCGCGCCAAACUUCCCUCCUGAUUUCGAAAGCACCUUACCCCCGCAUCUCGACGAGACCGACCCCAAAAGCAAGCUGGCCGUCGCUCGCAAGUUCGUCCAGGACGAGUCUCAAGUUACGGGGGGCACCACUAAUGUCGUUCGCCGCUUCUCCGAACUUGCAGUUAGGGCUUUUAUCGCCCCCGGGAGCAAUAUCACGCGGAGAUAA